UUCUAGAACCCAUCCAAGCCGUUGCGGGCCCUGCUUGACAAGCGAUCCCAGGUCCCCGAUCACUCCAGGAUAGUUAUUUGCCACGCUUCCCUUCAUGCUGCUUUUCUCAAUGACGACUUGCUCUUGUGCUAAUAUAAUAUCUACGACUCUCUGCUCUUUUGUUGCUUCUGAACCAACUCUCUACAGUUCCCCGAAGGUCUAAUCUUAACGAUAUACGAUACGUGUCAGUGACAGCGAUUGGCUAAGGCGGGGGUUAGUGUCGGCUUUGACGUGCGGUAUUGCUACUGUAUUAUUUAGCCAUUCCACCCUCAUCGGUUCGAGCGCAGACUGAAAGUCAAAACACACGCGAUACACUUCACCCACAUCGACGGGAGAAGACCUCCUAGUCCCGCGCGACUUGAAUUUUUUCUUCCUUUCUUCUUUUUUUUCGAUAUAACUGUUUGGCAGCCUGCCAGAGCUUUUUGGCUCUAGCGGCGCCGAUGCAUGACUGCGACACUGGCGGAUCCAUACCGUGAUUACCAGAUCGAUUAUUCCACUCAUGAACACUGUAAAGCAGAAGAGCAGCAAGGCCUACUGGUUUAUCAGACAACUCAACCGCAGGUGCUGCACCACGGUGCACGGGCGGAUGUCCCUUUCCCCUCUGGCAGUGCGCAUCAUUCUGUGUUUCAGCAACAUCAUCAGCAUGGAACACCUACUGCGCUGCCACAUGCGGGGAGCCAUCCCAUUGCCCAAGAUAUUCACCAACCGGUGCUGCUCACUUCGCAUCAAAUGGUAUCACCGCAGAUGCAGUCGCACUAUGGCUCUGCUCCCCUCCAUGUUCCCUUCUCCGCACCGCGUGGGACAAAGAGGACUCGGCCGGAGGAUGAUGGAGAGGGUGACCAUGACGACCGCCAUCUCGGACUCCAUCUUCCAAUGCUCCCUCCCGAAGCUCAUACAGAAGGGGCGCAUCCGUCAGAAUUACUUCUUUCCUCUCACGACGACUCGUCUUCCCAUCGUCGAACGUCUCUCCACGCUUUUGUGCCUCCUCCGCCACCUCCAGCGCUCUUACAUCAUCAGCAACACCAUCAUCACCGGCUUCCUUCACAGGUCGUCUCCCAUCAAUCUCAGCAUCAGGGGACCGAUAUGACAUCUCCCUCGCUACCAUCCGGUCCGCCGAGUGUAGUAGGCCAAGCUGGAAUGCCUGAUCCUGCACCACGACCGCGCGGACCGAAACUCAAAUUUACUCCGGAGGAGGAUGCGCUAUUGGUAGAGUUGAAGGAGAAUAAGAAUCUGACAUGGAAACAAAUUGCGGACUUCUUCCCAGGGCGGACAAGUGGCACGCUUCAGGUCCGAUACUGCACCAAGUUAAAAGCUAAGGAUACAGUCUGGACAGAUGACAUGGUACACCGUUUACGAAAUGCGAUCCAAGAAUAUGAGAACGACCGGUGGCGGUUGAUAGCGGCCAAAGUUGGUAACGGUUUUACUCCUGCUGCUUGCCGAGAAAAGGCAACUGAGCUGUGAGCUUCAAAAUCUGCCUAUGUUUGGCCUAUUAUACGAUGUUCUUGAUUUUACUUAGGUCUUUAUAUGCUGCUGCUGCUUUCACUUGCCAUAUCAGAUCGCAAUCACAGGCGAAGGCGUAUUCCCCGUAAGGGGGUUUUUUUUCCCCUAGACUAGACAUUUCGUCUCCUUGCGUUAUGAUGUUUUGUACCUUUCUAAUCAGCUUCUCUUCUAUCUUCUUUUUGUUUUGCUAUUG